AUGGCCUUCAAUAUAAGUGGUAUUUCUAACUUAAAGCCCAAUCCCUUGUAUACAUUCACCUUUACCUCUAAUGAGGAGGAGGUGUACUACACAUAUCAGUUCAAUAAUGAAUCUGUAAUCACAAGGCUUGUUUUGAACCAAACCACCUCUGUGCUAGAGCGCUCUGUUUGGAUUGAAUCUGAGCAGAUUUGGAAGCCAUAUUUCUCAGCGCCACUAGACUAUUGUGACAAUUAUGGUCUUUGUGGUGCCAACGGAAUAUGUAACAUUGCUGGCUCACCUGUUUGCCGGUGUAAGAAUGGAUUCAAGCCAAAAUCACUGGAAAGAUGGAAAUUGAUGGAGUGGUCACAUGGAGGAUGCACACGCGAUAAGCCUCUGAGCUGCCAAAGGGCAAACAAUGGGGCUAAAGGGAAAGCGGAUCCUGGAGAAAAAAAAGAUGGUACAAAAUGGGUCAUAAUUGUAGCCACCACUGCAGGAAUUUCUGGGAUACUUAUUCUCAUCUAUUACAUUUGGAAGGGCAGGACAAGAACACAAGAAAACGGUCAGAGUGAAGAAAGCCCGAAUGAAGACUUGGAUUUACCAUCAUUUGAUUUCGCUGUAAUAUCCAUUGCUACUGAUAACUUUUCAAUAAACAUCAAGCUUGGCCAAGGUGAUUUUGGGCCUGUUUUUAAG